AGUUCCAUUUCCGGUGUCGUUGUAGUUUUUGCUAGCUAACCGGAUGCGCUCCUCUUCUUUGGUCCUCCUCAGAACUUGCAGAAACCUACUAGAAACCCACUUCCACCUCCAAAAUGGAGGAGCUAGGAGGUUACCCCACCAAGUCCUCCCUCCGCAAAGCCAAAAUGUUGCGGGUUUUGUUGAGUAUGACAGUCGGGGUGGGGUGUUUAUUCCUUCUGCAGAUCCGGCUAAGAAUAAAAAACUCCAGCGAUUUUUACUCUUUCGAGGUCAAAGACGCCAAAGGGAGGACGGUUUCCCUGGAGAAGUACCGAGGAAAAGCGUCUCUGGUUGUAAACGUGGCGAGUCACUGCGAGCACACGGAGGCGAACUUCAGGUUCCUGCAGGAUCUGCACCGGGAGCUGGGCACCGCUCACUUCAACGUCCUGGCCUUCCCGUGCGGACAGUUCGGGACCACAGAACUGGGCCUGAGUCGGGACAUCGAGGCGUUCGCCAAGAACACCUACGGCCUCACCUUCCCGUUCUUCGGCAAGAUCCGAACCUUUGGCUCUAAGGCGGAACCCGCCUUCAAGUUCCUCACAGAUUCCGUGCAGAAAGUCCCCAAAUGGAAUUUCUGGAAGUUUCUGGUUGAUCCAGAGGGCAAAGUAGUCCGGUUCUGGAAAACAGAGGAGCCCAUGGAGAGCAUUCGACAAGAAGCCAUAUCGCUGGUCCGACAGAUCAUCCUAAAGAAACGAGCGGAGCUAUGAUGCAUCUCAUGAAUGCAAACUGGACUGCUGUCCACUGACUGUUUUCCCUGAGCUUUGACUGUCAGGAAUGGCUGCCCUGUAGUCGUUAUCCAGUAACGUUCAGGAUUACCCACUAAUGUCAGCUGCAGGCGUGAGGCUGGACAGAGUGAAUCUGUUGUUGAUGUCUCUAUGAAACCAGAUGUGACGGUCAUCACUGAAGCGAAAGGAAUCAUUCCUGGAGUUUGCAUGUGACUUUUUCUGAUACUUUUCCCAAAGUUUACAUUAAAAAUCUUUUCCUCAUGAUGA